AUGGCGUCCGUCUGUGGCGCCUUCCGACAGCUCACGCGCGUGUGCCUCACGUCUCCCGAGUCGCCGCCGCCCCCGCUCCCGCGCGUACCGUCUGCCUCUCUGUCGCUGUCGUCGUCGUCGUCGCUCCUCGCGAGGCCACACGCGCCGCUGACGCUUUUUGCGCCUUCGACGUGCGUCGCGCGCAACAGUCGCGUCGGCUACACGUCGCUCGACCAGUUCACGCGCUCGGUCGAGAGCAUCGCGACGCUGCGUGUGGCCAAGUCACGAGCCACUGACCGUCCGCCGUCCAGCAGCGCACUGGACGCGCUGCUGGGCGUGCAGCUCGUGGCGUCGUCGCGUCGGGACUUUCGCGUCUGUGUGAACUUUGUGCUGCCGGGCAGCGACGCCGAAGCGCAGGGGAUCCGUCCGGCGUCGCUGGUCGUGGCGAUCAAUGGCCUCUCGAUGCGCAACAUGAGUCUCCCGCGCGUGCUGCUGGCGAUCCGACGCGCACUGAUGACGUCGAGCGAGUCGCAGCAAUACAAGAGGGACGAUGGACUGACUCCAGGAGAGGCUGAUGGCCGGGGGUGGAUUGAAAUCGACUUGGCUCAGCGGGAGCACGAGAUGAACGUGGACCGCAAUCCGUUUGCACUCACGCGGUUUCCGUCGCCCCAGGGCCAGCAGUUGCCCGGUAUCAAGCAGUUCCAAGACGGCUACCGAGACACAACAGCAGCGCAGGAUCUGCUCAUGCAGACACAGGCAGCGCCGAGUCCCCCGGCGCUGUUGCUGCAUGGCCGAGAACGAUCGAGGUCGUUUAAACACUUUUGGAUGUCGGAUCGAUCGAGCAAAGCGUGCUACGAGUGCGAGCGGCUGUUUACGUUCUUUCGACGACGACAUCAUUGCCGCUCGUGUGGACAGAUUUUCUGUGCAAAUUGCUGUGCCCGGCUGCCCCAGUCUUUUAGCGAGAAUAAAGUAGACGAGUCGCUCGAGCGUUUGAGGAAACAGUUGGUGUGUCAUACGUGCCACCGUCAACUGCGCGAAGGACUGCAGGUGGAGCUGACUGGGGCUAGUUUCGAAGAUGACGCACAGAAACCGAUGCAUUCGUCACCGACGCAGACGCUGUUGCUCAUGCCUCAGCAUAUUGCAGAAGCUAUGGAACGCUCGAUAUCCGACGUGUCGAAAUACAAGCAGCUGGACAAGUCGGAACUGUUUGGUAAGGACGAGAUUAGUGAUGAAAUGCGAGUGAGUGAGCAGCCUGAGAAGUCCCGACCUCCGGUGCUGUUUGGUAUGUUUCCGAGGGUACAAAUCGUUGCAAGCGCGCAGCAUCUGGUCCACCAACCGCACCUGCAGGAAUUGACCAAAGAAGCAAAACAAACUGAUCGAGGAACUGCACGUAGACUCAGGUCAUUUAGCGAGUCACAAAUCUUGUUUGGAAUGAAGGGUGCGCAGCACGCGUCCCAAAAUCUGAAGCGCUCGAACAGUCAGGCAGAAUUCGGUAACCCGAGCAACCACCGCUGGAGCGAGGCGGAGUUCAAGCGCCUUGUUGCAGAAUCCAAUGCGCAAGCACGACUGCUCGGGGCGUUUCCCAGGUCAACCACUUUGACGACGCGGCCUAAGGCUUCGUCAGUGUCAUUUGACACUGCCCGUUUUGGACAUGCUGUCCAGUGGAAUACUUUUGGCCCCGACAAACUUGUUGCGAGCGACGCUGGCAUCCUGGCGAUGGUUGGCUUGUCCAAAAAUGCUCGCAACGAACUGGACGAUCCCGAGCAUGUCGUCAGAAGAGAAGCAGCAGUGGAAAGUAUGUCAAAAGAUGCUCGUGAUCGCGUUGAAGAGCGCAUAUUCCACUUGCUCGACAGUUCCCCGGCAGUGUCGAAGCUGUUCAUGGUCGAACAGCAUCGGUGGAUGCAAAUUAUCAACCUGUUUGCCCACCGAGCUGCGCUCACUGUCUCUUGCGAACCUGACAAAGGCGAUUCGCUGGAUAUCAUGCAGUAUGUCCGAGUUCAAUGUUUGGAUGGAGGCCGCGUGCAAGACAGUUUUUUCAUUGAUGGUGUUCUUGUGCACAAAAGUCUGGCCCGGAAGGGAAUGAGAAGCGACAUUUUGAACCCGCGCAUUCUCUUGAUCGCCUCAGAGCUGGACUACCAACGCAAGAAAGAUGUGAUAUCGUCGCUCGAGAGUGUUGCUGGCCAAGAAGUGGAAUACAUGCACAUCGUCACAGAAAAGAUAAUGACUCUCAACCCCGACAUUGUCAUGUUCGAGGGUCACGUGCACCGUGUAGCUGAGGAAUUGCUUUUCAAAGGCAACGUGGCGGUUGUCAAAAACGUUCGCUCGCUCGACUUGCAACGAAUUGCUCGCUGCACCGGAGCUUCGGUGCUGACAUCAUAUGAUCACAUUGACAAAAUGUCCGGUAUUGGCGUAAUCGGUACUUGCAAGCGCUUCUACGUCUUGUUAAGCGAUCAAGAGCCAAAGAGUGCAAAGCAGAUUGCGCUGAAGGCCAACGGUAAUGGGUUGUACGAGGCAAGAGAAGGGUUUGGCGUACCUCGACAGCGGAGAAAGCGUAUUCAACGCCAGAAUAUUGUGUUUGAAGGAGGUAUCACGUCGAAGGGGUGCACUUUGUGCUUACGCGGAGGAACACCUGGUGUGUUUACAGACGUCACAAAUGUGCUUACUGCAAUCAUUCGGGCGGCGUACAACAUGCGACUGCAGCGAUCUGCGUUGGCAUCUUAUGGAUACAUUGCCCCUAGCCAGAACCACGAACGUUCUGUCGCGGAGGAAUGGUUUGCCAAGUCUUCAACAUCGUUGUACAUUUCGCUCAAGUCCAAUUCACUGUCGAUGCGUGCUGCUUUGAAGGAAACGCAAGCCAUGUGCAAAUGGUGCAAGGCCCACACACGAUUUAACAACAUCAGUUCGCUUCGGGUAGUUGAAGGGGCGAGUGAUGACACUAGCUCUUCGGCAAUCGUGCAGGCGAGGGAUCCCAAUCGAUGCACAUGUGGAGCGAAAUCGUCGGGCUCACUGAGGGACCGUAUUCUAUUUUCCACCUGCUGGAGUUCGUUGGAAGGAAAAACGGCAUCGAAAGCGGAAAUGAUGUGCAUCGAUUUUUAUAGCUUGAAUGAUAUGUCCGUUGGCCAGUUUCUGGACAACUUCUGUUUUGCAAACAGCAAGGCUGAGUUUAAGCGUGCGUUUGCAACGUCAAAGCUGUCUUUCUCGCAUGACACCAGUCGCGCCAUCAUACGGGUGAAAGACCUGAAUGAGACCAAAGACACCAGCGAUCAGCUUUUCCAAGCAGAGCUCGUUCGAAAUGCCAGCUACCGUUCCGUGAUGCAGCUGAUUCGAUCGGACGAAGUGCUGAUGUGGUCCCGCGAUAUGAGCGACGGGAACUUUUCCGCUCUCCUGGCUUCUGAGUACUCGGUGAUUUCAAAAGAUACGUGGAAUUACUCGUUUGGCAAACUUUUGGAGGACAUGUUCUAUGGAAAGGCUAUGGACAUUGACUGUGUCCGUUUUCCCCAUUUAGCCGGUUUGAGCGGAUCGCGAGAUAGCUCGUUGGUGCACUAUUUCUCUCGCCGCGGACGAGUCGUAAGUCUACAUGUCGAGCCUCUCGAACCCAUCCUCCACGUCGCGUUGCAGCCGGCGCUCUGGCAGGACCGCAUUGACCACCAGGUUCAACUUGAUGCCAUACAUGAUCUCUGUGACCUCGUUUGUGAAGUUUACAGCGUCACAACAUCGAAAGUAGCGGAGUCGAUGGCAGAUCUGGUCACUCCGCUUCACGCGAAGCAGAACUUGAGAAUCUUGCGUAACGAAGUGCAGCAAUGGUAUUCGUGCUUUGCCGCCAAAAUCGAAUCAAGUCCGCCGCAAGAUGUGUUUGCAUACAACGCUCACUUUCGGGACAUCUAUGAGUACGCAGUUGGCUGGAGUUUGCGCAUUACACGUGCCGUUCAAGCUACGGUAAAACCAACAAUGGUGCAUCACAUCGAUAGUCCGAAAAGCGCACUGCCAAAGGCAUGGUUCGAUCAGCUUUCGCAGCAAGUAGAGUUCAGCGAUCGCUGCAGCGCCCCAUCGACUCCAAGUGUUUUGGGGACAACAUCAGGGAGUAUAAAAUUUCAGGAGCCUGGAAACUUGGCACACCUUGCGAGUUUUGCGCGUAGCUUGGCCGCUGCCAACAAUGCUUCGCCAGCUGGAGGAAUGCCGCAGGUCGUCAAUGAGGUUACAAACACGUUGCGCAAGAACGGAACUACAACCUCUUACCAAUCGGAGCCGUGGGAUACAGACGAAGGCUAUGAUCGUUAUGACGAAUCUAGUCAUUCGUUUCCGGUAGAUUUCAUGGCAGAAACGGAGCCAUACUCAUCCGGUGCCCCGGUCUUCGGAAAAGCAGUGUCCACCAUGGGUACCCCUGGGCACGUUUCCUCCACCAUGGGGACGCUCGCAUCGAGGAAAGCGCUCGAUGAUUUCCGUCUGACGCAGCAAGCAAAAAAGCCUGACGGUUUGGGAUAUUUAGCGUUGCCGAAACGCCUGCUCGAGUGGCACCCUAGCCUUCCAAUGGGGGUAAGCAAGGCCCCUGUCUUAGUCAACGCGAAGCAGCCGACAUCGGUGGUGGCGUACUCGCUCUUCUCGAAAGAAUACAGUCAGUGCAUAAACGAAAACAUGCGGAAAGAAGCCGCUCGACGGACGAUGGAGACGAACGCCUAUGAGAACGGCGUAUCGCCAAUGGUGGACUGCAGCCAGUCCGAGGAGAUCAGGAGAAUGUUGCGCACUUUGCGCUCAAUUACCCGAAACAAUGUCGACCACACUUUUGUUGACGAGAACCAGUUCCAGUCAGGUGUACGCUUCUGCUGCAAAUCGUACUACGCCAUGCAAUUCCACGCACUCCGGAAGCUAUACUACGGAGGCGACCGAAACUAUGUGGAAUCUCUGUGCAACUGCCAGCAAUGGAAUGCAGCAGGCGGCAAGUCUGGCGCCGGCUUUCUGAAGACGCGCGACGAGCGGUUUAUCGCCAAGGCCAUUCCAGAAAUUGAGCUGCAGAUGUUUUUGAGCAUGGCAAACGAAUACUUCUGCUACAUGGCGAAGACUUUUGAGAACGAUCUGUCAUCGAUGCUGUCCAAAGUACUGGGCAUAUACAAGGUGUCAAUUCUGAACACAACCCAAAGUGGAGAUAGUGAUCAAAACGUACGCAUGUGCAUAAUCGUGAUGGAGAAUCUGAUGUACGGGCGCGAAGUUGACUUCUCAUUUGAUCUAAAAGGUAAGAUGGAAGGACGCUACAAAGAGGGAAAAAGUGGAGACAGUCGAUCCGUUCUAUGGGAUCGCAAUUUUGUGGAGCUGGCUGGUGGCAUACCGUUACCUCUACAGGAAUCUGCGUUGUCGUUGCUUCUGUCUGCGAUUAUGAACGAUACGACCUUUUUGGCAUCAGUCCAAGCGACAGACUAUUCGAUGCUGGUGGGUUACGAUGUGAAGAAGCAGGAGCUGGUAGCGUGCAUUAUCGACUACAUCCACAAGUAUGACUUUAUGAAGAUGAUGGAGCAUGCCGGCAAACGGCUGAUUCAGGAAGAAGGCGAAAUCACUGUGCUCAAUCCGAAGCACUACCGCAAACGAUUUUGUCUGGCUAUGAAUAAGUACUUCGUCACGAUUCCGUCGCGGUACACAAAGGUGACCACACUCGUCCGGAGCACGGCAUCGACCACGAUAUUUGGUGGAACUAGUGCGACGCUUCUAGAUGAGAAGGACUAUGCGCAGCCUCCCGGUAGUGCCAGUACGACUGUCUGA